AUUAUGGCAAGCAAAAAUAACGUAAUUGAGGAAAUUCAAGAAUUAAUCCAAAAAAUUAAAAAUGAAUAUGAGGAGGAGGUUGAUUUUCAUUUUUUAACUUGGGACGAAAUUCACGAGGCGGGGGUAGGAAUAGUUAAAAUACUUUCUCCUCGUUUACGACAAUAUUUUCGUGAAAGAUUUAAUUUUCCAACUGGGGUUGACGAUUGGCUGGACUAUUACAAAGAGAGCAAAAAUGGGGCUUAUUUUUACCGCACUAGUAAAGGAGGUAAAUAUGAAUAUUUUUGGUGGCAUGAGGUACAAAAAGUACAUGAUGAGAGAAAUACGGACAAAAAUCCUAAAAAAUGUUCGGUCUGUAAGCAAACAACCUUUAAAAAAGACGGGCGAAUGAAAUUGUGA